CCGCCCCCUCCCAUGCGGCAGUACCACAUGUCCCAGCGCUGGGCUGCCGGCAAAGCAUAGGAGCUGAGGGGCCAAGAUGGCGGCGCGGUGGGGAGCAGGAGAGGAGACUUUAACCAUCGGAGGAAUGGAGCUCUUCACCGCCGGAGGCCCUCUCCAGUGCAAUACCCUGGAGGAUCAUGAGCCUUGUUCCGGCCUUUCAGACCUCAGCCUGGAUGCAGGAGGAUUCCUGGGAACUUUCCAGGGCUACGUGGAUCAUUCUAUCAUAUCUAUCAUUGAUGAUACUGGUGCAUUGGCUGAAAACAAAGGUCACUUUGAUGAAGAAAACGAGCUGUCACUUCUGAAUGCUCUAACAGAGAUUCUGGACAAUGCCGAUGAUGAGAAUAUGUCUCCAUUUGACACCAUCCCAGAUACAGAACUACUCGUUUCCCCAAAAGACAAAGAAAACUCUACAUUUCAGAGAUUUUUAAGUCUAUCCCGUACACCGCCUGAUCGAGCGGUAUCCCCUUUGGAUGAUCAACGCAGAAUUAAUGGCAAGUUUGACUCUCACACAUCAGGUCAGAAUUGGGAAUUGUUUCCAGAAAACAUCAGUUCUACACCAAAGAGACACAACAGGCAGAGGAACAUGAGGGCAUGUUUAACACGGAGGUUAAGACCUGAGCUUACCCAACAGCGAAGUGAUGGGGAAGAUGAAGAGGUCCCAAGCCCAGAAAAGAACUCUGAAAUAAACGCUGCUCUAGAUUUGGAACAAGAGUUUGCAGUUAAUUCUGUAAACAGGGAAAAUGAAUUUGAGGAGGAUGCAUUUGUGAAGAGAACGCCUUGUAUAAUUAAUACAGAAAAUGUUGCUCUUAAUGACCUUGUGAAAUAUAUGCACCCAUAUUGCCUUCCAUCAGUUGCUGCUUGCAUGGAUCCUAAAGAGUCUGAGGUUGAAGAUAAUCUAAAUGAAGGCAUAUUUCUUGAAAUUGUAGCAAAUGGAAAAUGUAUUAAAUUGCCAGUGGUGAUUGAGCCAGCUGAGGAGAUGUCUGAGGGUUUGGAAGAAAGGAUCUAUCUUUCAGGGGAAAACAAUUCUGACGUUGAAAUGCAGGAAUCUUCUGAAGAACAGUGUAGAUCUCUACAGGAUAGUGAUCAACAUUUAGUAAAGACUACAGAUGAAUGUACACAAUUAUUGCAGGAACCUAUACUUUUGGACUGCAACAAAAUGUUGCCCGUGUUAUCCUCUCAGGAGGAGGAACCCACUUUGGAACCACAGCAAAAUGACACUGUGGCCAAGGAACCUAUAUUCGAGCCUACUUCAGUAGAUAAUGGUUUAAGUGAAACCAUUUUCAAACAGUGCAAUGACUUUAAUACAGAAAGUGAUAAUCAGAAUCUUGAGCCAGCAGAGUCUGGUCCUGUAAAGGAUAUUGAUCCCGAAUCUUGUCUUCAAGACACAUGUAAAGAACGUGUGGUACAGAAGGGGAAGAAAUCUGAUAAAACAAAUCAUAGCCAAAAAUCCAAGGGUAAAAUGAAAAAGAAGACAACUGAAUGUAAACAGCAGGAUGUUGUUGAAAGAAUGACACUACAAAACAACCAGCCCCCUGUGUGUUUGAGUAACCCAGUAGUGCAAGAGUCUGAUUUUCUAAUAAAACAAUUAGAGCAGGUUAAAAGGGAAACUCAGAUGGAACUCAGGUCUUCUAAACUGGUUAGAGCAAAAGCACGAACAAGGCUAACCAUUGAUACUUCCAGUGCUCCAGUGAAAAAAAUUCACAAUGAAAAGACUAAAAAGAUAGAGAAGUCCCUUGCUAUAGAAAAUGAGAAAACAAAGAGAAGUUCAGAAAAUGCUGAUACAGAAAAAUGUUUAGUUCAAAACAAUGUAAAAAGUUUGUGUGAGCAAGCUGAAAGCAAAUCAGCUGAACUUGCUGAAGGGGAUACAGUAUUAGAUGACAAACAUGUCCAUCCACAAGAGGCUGAAAGUAAGGAUUACAUUCCAAAUGUUCAGUUAAAAGAGAGUUUGAAUGAUAAGGGCACAGUGAAAGGGGAUAUAGAAAAUGAUGCUAAUGCAGUACAGAUGUCUAAGGAGGCCAAACCAAAGUCCCUCAGUUUAAGUGAAUACAGAAUGCGAAUGCAACAGCGCAAAGGGAAUACAGUGCAGCGAGACAAUGAAAGUACAUCUGAAAGUAAAUGGCCGUCCAUUCCUGAGCCCCCAACUGAAUUGGCAGAAAUUCCUUGUUUGGUUGUACCUGGAAAGGAAGAGGUCCCAGUGAAACCAUCCAAAGCAAAGCCAUUAGAGGAAAAGUCUUGUGAUAUAUCCAGGGCUGAAGAACCCUCUGGCUUGGAGAACUCAUCUAACUUAGUUUCUGCAUUGUCAAAAGCAUCUGUACAGUCAGUACCAACUGCAGAAACUCUGCAACCUAAACAGCCUGAUGUUCUGACACAAACUAUAGAUGCUACUUUCAGUGUGACUCAACCAAGUGUGCCACCACCCCCUUUUUAUACACCCACGUGGCCUUCUGUUCCUUUGCAGCCCCCAUACUAUCCAAGUAUACCUCCUCCACCUGCAGUUCCAUUUCCAAGGGGUGGACCACAUGAUCCCUUGCACACCCUUCCUAUGCCUCCCCCACCAGUUAUUUCUUGGCCUCCUUUUCCACCACCACCUUUUGCAAUGGGGCCUAAUCCCUCCCCUGAGCUGCCUCUAUGGGGAGCUGGAAUCCCACCUCCACCACUUCCUUUUUGGCCACAUCCCCCAGUGCAGCAAGGUUUGCAUGGCGUACAGCAAGGAUUACCUGGAAGAGGACCACCGUUGCUGAGCACUGAUGGAACUACUGGUGGUGCCAUGCCUCCAGUUUCUUCCAUUGAGCUUAAUAAAAAUACUGAUUCUCACAUGUCUAAAGAGACCUAUGUUGCAUCUAAUAAACACUGUAGUCAGAAUAUUUCUACAGAAAGUAGUAAAAAAACAAGUCCCUUACAGAAAUGUAGUAAUAGUUUAGUUUCAAAGGAUAGAAAUGCCAGUGACCUACCAAAACAUCCAAGAGAGUUAACUAAUCAAACCAAAGUGCCCCUUAAGAAGUCUGAGAAUAGAUCAACAAAGCUAUCUGCACAGUUACACUCUGACCUCAGGAAGUCAGAUCUUCCUAAACAUGCCAGAUCGGUGGAGAAGACACCAGAAAAUGUGCCAGCAGAGCCGAAAAAGGCUAAUUUGCUAGAUCCAAAUCUCAAAUCUGCUAAUCCAGUGGUCUUAAAAAUCAUGGAAAUUUUAAAGAAAGCUCAAAAACUUGGUUUCCAAAUAAACCCUCAACAGCCUUUGGAAUCUGGAAGUGCAAAAUCGGGAACAUGUCUCUCUAGUCCAAAAUUGGCUAUUUCUGUCCCCUUACAGCCAGUUCAAAAUCAGAAGCCCGGAGUCCCUUGCAAAGAGCAAGUGAACGUUAAUACAUCGACUCUUAAGGAAAGUCUCAGCACAGAUCCUGUCCUGGAGAAACAACGGGCAAAGGAAACUCUAAAUGUAGCAUCUGAAGUGCAAAAACAAGAGACAGCUGAGAGUUCACAGGCUCCCAAUAUCCAACUAGCCCAGAUGCCAGUAUCCAAAGUCGCCACCCUGGGAGACUCUAGAGCUGAUUUAAACAUCAAGAUCCCUUCAGCAGUUGCGAAUGAUGGCCAGACUACUGGGGAAAACUCCUCUUGCGAAGAAGGUAUUGAAGCUACUGAUCUAACCAGUCUUCUGGAACAGUUUGAAAAGUCUGAGGCUAACAAUGAGGAGCAACACACACAAAGUCCUGAGUUAAAAGUGGCUGUAGGAAACUCUGGGUUGGAAAGACCAGUGGAAAAGAAGGUACUGGAUAGACUUCUAGCUCCUGAGUUGGCCAAUACUGCUGGGUUAACUCCACCUGCAACUCCACCGCAUCAGAUGUGGAAGCCAGCUAUUGCCUCGUCUCUGACUGGAAAAGCAAAACCACUGCAUGGAAACUUCCAAGACCGAGCUUGUGCUUCUCCACUUAAGGCUGCAAAGUUAAUUGAAGCAAAGCCUCUUCCACAGAGUAAACUACGCAACAAAAGUACAGCGAUUCCUCCUGUUUACGCCCAACCGCCCAUCCACGUGGCAUCAGGUGAUCACGACUAUUGUAUUCUUGCCACCUCCAAGUGUCCAGUUGCUGCUUCGUCUUCGUCUAACCCUGAAACUGUUGCGACAACCCAGAAUACCCAUUGUGAAGAAGGCUCCCGAUGGAAUGUUAAGCAUCACCAAAAUAUUACCAUAAAGCCUAUAGUACCAUUUAAUAAAAGGGGUCAGAACAAAACGUGUCAGAAUCAGGCCACAACUCCUCAACUUGCUGAUGUAUGCAACCGAAGUACUCCCUGCGGCACUAACAAGUUUGUACCAUCUAUUAGUAAUAUUCAGAAUGAUACCAAUGAUCCACUAGAUCAUAGGACUAAUAAAGUAGAAGAUGUUGCAGGAAAGCACCCAGGUUCAGUAUUAAUGUCUCCAGAUGCGUCACCUUGUCACAGUGAAGACUGGGAGACCAGAACUAGUGUUAGAAGGGAAGAUACCUCUGUUUCCCGGAGAGCUUUGCGCUGCUACAGAAGGUACAGAAGUUCUCCAAGCCCUCAGAAGUCCAGUGGUAGCCGUUCCUGUAGUUCAGAUUCUUCGUGCUCUUCAUCCUCUUCCAGUUCUCGCUCAAGAUCACCUCCAUCAAAGAGGCGGAGAAUAUCAAGAAGUCGCCACAGGUCCCGCUCUUCGUCCCGAUCUAGAUACCAUGGCUCAAGCAGCAGGUCUUGGUCAUCAUCUUCCUCAUGUUCCUCCCGCUCCUGCUCUCCAUCCUCAAGCUGCUCUCGCUCCCGCUCCAGAUCCCCCUAUCGCCGGAGGUACAGGAGCAGAAGUAGAAGGUGUGAGUCUCAAGAGAGCUCUAAUAGGCAGAAGAUCCUGCACAAAGAGCGGGCAAUAGAGGAAAGGAGAGUCGUCUACAUCGGCAAAAUUAACAGUCGCAUGACUAGAUCUGAGCUCAAAAGCCGGUUUUCUGCUUUUGGGGAAAUAGAGGAGUGCACCAUUCACUUCAGGGAGGAAGGUGAUAACUAUGGCUUUGUCACCUACCGUUAUACUUGUGAAGCCUUUGCUGCCAUAGAAAACGGCCACAAGCUGCGACUUCCAGAUGAACUGCCUUUCGACCUCUGUUUUGGUGGCAGGAGACAAUUCUGUAAGAGUAGCUAUGCCGAUCUGGAUUCAAACAAGGAUGAUUUUGAUCCAGCACCGGUUAGGAGCAGAUUUGAAAGUUUAGAUUUCGAUACAUUAUUGAAGCAAGCCCAGAAGGGUAUCCGGAGGUAACGUUUAGCGCAUCCGCUCAAGCAGGGAGAUCAAAUAUAUAGAGUCUAUAACCAAAACUAUUUACCUCAGAACACUGGAUAUGGCCAUUCACUAAAAAGCAUGACAAUGCUGUUUAAAGGAAAAGCGUGCCCUAUUUUUUUUUUUUUCUAAAAUAAACAAAAAAUCAUGAUAAAAAGGUUUAAGGACAAUUAGAUUUUUUUAAUGACAUUUGUUUUUCUAACCUAUUUAACAAAUGCUUCAAGUGCAUUCUGAAUAAUGUAACCAUGUCUAUAGUAUAUGAUAAAAAAAAAAUCACUAUGCAGAUUAAAAAAAAAAAAAAAAUGAAUUAAAAAUUAUGAAAU